AUGAGGGAGGUCAGAACUGUGGUUUAUUCCCAGUUUUUGGAAUCCUAUAAGAGUGUUACAAUUGAAGCAAUGACUAAGGCAUUUGGAGUUACGGUGAAGUUUAUUGAUUUGGAGCUCUCGCAUUUUGUUCUUGAGACCAAUCGACCAGAUGCAAAGAAUGCUCUUUACCAAGCAACUAUCAAGCAAGGAGACUUCCCAUUAAACCGGAUCCAGAAGCUGUCUCGUGUGAUUGAUUUCACAGACACACAUAAAAGAGAGCUGAUUAAGAUUCAGUGGCAGCCACCUCCUCCAGGAGCUGUCAAAUUAAAUUUUGAUGGAGCUGUAUUUGAAUCUCUGAAAGCUAUUGGUAUCGGUGUAAUAAUUUAUGAUCAAGCCAGUAAAGUCGGAGCAGCUAUUAGUCGAAAAGAGAGCAUGUUUGGCAAUCCAGAAGAGAUUAGAGCAGUAAGAAGAGCUAUAGGUUUAGCAGAGGAUAUGGGCAUUACAAGAUUAAUACUUGAAGGUGACUCAAUUAAUGUGCCAAAAGCAAUUCACAGAGUAGAUGAGAAUUUAUCAGGAUUGGUUCAUAUAGUGGAGGAGAUACAAACCAAGCUCUUGAACUUUGAAUUUUGGGAGGUCAAAUAUGAAACUAGGGAGGGUAAUCAAGGUGCAGAUAAAAUAGAAAAAGAUAACAAUGUGUGUGAGACUGUAUCUGUGUAG